CUAGAGAAAAUGGCUCUUGAGAAUGGCUCUUUUGUGACUGAAUUCAUUCUGAUGGGGUUAAUAGACUGGCCAGAUCUCCAGCUCCCACUUUUCUUCCUGUUUUUACUAAUGUACGUGAUCACUGCUUUGGGAAACUUGGGAUUGGUAACUCUAAUCAGGCUAAAUUCACAUCUUCAGACUCCCAUGUACUUUUUUCUCUUCAACUUGUCUUUUAUUGACCUCUGUUAUUCUUCUGUGUUUACACCCAAAAUGCUCAUGAACUUCAUAUUUAAGAAGAAUGUUAUCUCUUAUAUGGGGUGCAUGACCCAGCUUUUUUUUUACUCCUUUUUUGUUAUUUCUGAGUGCUAUGUGUUGAUGGUAAUGGCCUAUGAUCGCUACGUGGCCAUCUGUAGUCCACUUCUGUAUAAUGCUGUCAUGUCCCCUAGAGUAUGUUGUAGCCUUAUGCUUGGCUCAUACCUGAUGGCAUUCUCUGGGGCCAUGGCCCACACGGGGUGCAUGCUGAGACUGACCUUCUGCGACACAAACACCAUCAACCACUAUUUCUGUGACAUUCUCCCUGUGAUGCAGCUCUCCUGCACCAGCACGUACAUCAAUGAACUGGAGGUUCUCAUAGUGGUGGGGAUCAACAUCAUUGUGCCCAGUGUCACCAUCUUCAUCUCUUAUGGUUUCAUCCUCUCUAAUAUCCUUCAGCUAAGGUCCACUGAGGGCAGGUCCAAAGCCUUCAGCACCUGCAGUUCCCACAUAAUCGCUGUUUCUCUCUUCUUUGGAUCGGGUGCCUUCAUGUACCUUAAGCCUUCCUCCACUGGAUCUAUGGAUGAGGGAAAAAUUUCUUCUGUCUUUUACACCAAUGUUGUCCCCAUGAUGAAUCCCUUAAUCUAUAGUUUGAGGAACAAAGACGUGAAACUGGCACUGAGAAAAUCCUUGAGCAGGAGAAAGUUUGGAUCAGAAAGUUAA